CCGAUAAUAUAUCUCACACUGGUUUGUUACGUAAGAAAAUAAACGAGAGCUUAUAAUGCAGGUGUUCCUCGUAGAAAAGAGCACUUUGAGCGAAGAGCGCGUAUAUGAAACCGGGUCUAGGACUCGCGACGUGGGUCGUUGCGUCUCGUGACACGUGGGUAGCUUGAGAUUCCGCGUGUAUCGAGGAGUGAUAAAGCAGACAAGAAGAGAGGGGGAAACGGACGAAGAAAACCGAGUUGGAGGAACCGAGAGCGUGAGAGAAAGAAAGAGAAAGAGACUGACAGACAGAGAGAUCGGAAAAUGACCCCCACUCAACGCGACGAGGAGAUAGAGGGGCGUUCGUAUAAAGACUAUGCCUACAGCCCUGUACCAGUGAGUUCCUCUUCAGCGGUGUUUAAUGCCACCACCCUUGACAAAGAAUCCGUGCAGCUGAACGUAGUACGCGACAGGGAGUCGUACAGGACAUCGUCGCACUCCGUCGGGAUACGCUACCCUGAAGACAUGGAGGAGAAGGGUUCCACGCGGGUCCAGUUCCUGGCCGCUGCAGCAGGCAAUAUAUGUAUCGUUGCGGUUGGAGCUAUGCUAGGAUGGACGAGUCCGGUUCUUCCUAUGUUGGAAGAUGAUAAACGUUGGGUUGAAGGACCUUUGGAUGGACCGAUCAGUAAAGAACAGAGUUCUUGGGUAGGUUCUCUGGUGCCCGCUGGAACGAUUUUCGGCAGCUUCAUCGCGGGAUUUCUCGGCGAGAAGUUUGGCCGCAAACGAACUUUGCUGUUCUCGUUGUUACCGUUUCUGAUUGGAUGGACGUUGGUUGCUACUGCGACCCAGAUUGUACAACUGUACUUUGCUCGAUUAAUUUUUGGAUUCGCUCUGGCUAUCCCAUUCACGGUCCUUCCUAUGUACGUGGGCGAGAUCGCUGAGACUUCCAUCAGAGGUGCAUUGGGUUCCUUCCUUCAACUCUUCAUCACGGUUGGUUUACUGUAUUCUUAUGCUAUCGGGCCCUACGUUAGUUACACGGUAUUUUGGAUCAUUUGUGCCAUUUUACCUAUACUCUUCUUCGCCUGCUUCAUACUGAUGCCGGAGUCUCCGUAUUAUCUCCUUAGCAAGGGUCGCAAGGAGGAGGCAAUCGCGUCUUUGGCGAAGCUUCGAAGCAAGUCUGAAGCAGCAGUCCAGAAAGAGGCCGAUGAAAUUCAAGCUAUAAUCGAGGAAGCAUUCAGGGAUCAAGCCAGUCUCUCCGACUUAUUCAAGGUGAAGGCUAAUCGCAAGGCCUUGAUUUAUACCUGCGCCUUAGCUUCUUUCCAACAGUUGACCGGCAUCAACUUCGUGCUGUUUUACAUGCAAAACAUCUUCAUCAGCGCCAAUAGCUCCGUCCCAACGGAUCAAGCACCGAUUAUUAUUGGUGUAGUACAAAUGUUGGCGUCAGGGGUGACGCCUGUGGUCGUCGACAGGUUAGGCAGAAGGAUGCUCCUUGUCUUGUCCGGCAUCGGAGAGACGGUCAGCUUGUGUGCCCUGGGCUUCUAUUUCUACCUGAAGGAAGUGCAGCAAGCGGACGAUGUAGUGGCGCAGAUAUCCUGGUUACCAGUAGUCGCACUCGUCAUCUUCAUCUCCACUUACAGUGUGGGUUGGGGUCCUCUUCCGUGGGCCGUGAUGGGGGAGAUGUUUGCCUCUAAUGUCAAGGCUAAAGCUUCUGGCGUGACAGUGUCCGUCUGCUGGUUCUUAGCCUUCAUCAUCACCAAAUUUUCCAGUAAUAUCAUCGAGGCGUUCGGCAACUACACGACUUUCUGGCUGUUCGGUGCAUUCUGUAUCGCCAGUAUUCUCUUCACCGUACUUCUACUGCCAGAGACGAAGGGCAAGAGCCUUCAAGAGAUACAAGAUGAGCUCAACGGCGUGACUCCAACGAUUACGGAUUUGGAGAAUGACUCGAAAAAGUGAAGAAGCAGCAUUCGCAAUCAAUUACCUCAAUGAAUAGUGUGCGCAAAGUGAAUCGAAAUGAAUGAAGAUAUGAAUGAAAUGAAUGAGUGAAGAUAUGAAAUAGGUAACGGGUUUGGUGAAUUCAUGUGCCUAUCGUUCUACUGCCAAAUUUACAGAGACAAUGGUCAGAAACGGAGACAUCCCUUAAACCUAUGCGAUAUUAUCAAAUCGUUUUUAACAAAUCACACGGAAGAAAAGACACUGUUCGUUUUUUUCUCUUGUGGGACCAGACAAAGCUUCGCUUAUACAUAGAACAGAAAGAUCUCUGUAGAAGAUUUUUAUCCGAUAAACUGUUCUUAAUUGUGUCAAUUAAGUUUUAAACCAGUUGAAUGUUCAAACAAAUGUUUUUGAUUGCGAUAACAGAAACAUAGGUUACGGACCAUUAAACGCUGCAAAUGUUUUUGAAGCGUUUGAAGAAAAGUCAUGAUUGAUCCAUGUGGCGCUUCAAAGCACUUGCAGUCUCUAAUGGAUCUCAUCCAUCAUUUCUUGUCGCUGAAUUUUUAUCUGGUUCUAUUCUAUUUAUUCAGUUUCAAUUCUAUUCUAUUCACUAUUCUAUUCCAUUCAUUAGUUUCACGAACUAAGAUUGUUUUCCGCGUAUAUAAACGAAAGUUAUGGUCACAUCAUAACUCAUCCAUAAAUAUAUUCGCGUUAACAGUUCAGUAAGUUUCAUUUUAUCUGUGAACAUUUACCUGUUUUGUAUUAAGCGAGCAAAGAAAUUUGCGAAAUAUGCCAGUGAUGUCCCCUUCAAUAGUGUUUUCACAUGAGUUCCUGUUUUGUUUGUGAUUUGAAAAAACAUUGCGGUGUGUAUAUAUAACUGUUGAUAAUCAUAGUUAAUAAGUCUAAAUCAUCAUAUCACUUUCAUUCUUGUAGUAUCGUAUUCUCCGGUUAUAAACUCAGCAUGAAACGAAAAGCCACAAAGGAUUAUUUUCGCGGCAAAUUCCUCGUUUACGGGCAAGAGACUAGUCAUUUUUCUUUUCUUUUCCUAUACAUUCGUAUUAUAAAUAGAAACAUUAAUGACUGUGUCAGAAAUAUUGUAAUUUGUAAGAAUAUUUACAAACGGCCCAUACAAGAGAAGCUUGCAAUAACAUUACAGGAAUGUUGCAACAUUGCAAGUUGCAAUGUAUUAUAUUGUAGAGAUUACGGAGACAUAAAAUUGCAGCAUUUUACUGAAAUUUUAAAACAACAAAACAUUUUUGCGGAAAUAUUAUAAAAAUAAUUAAAACUCUAAUGCUCUAAUUUAUAUAUUUAUGAUGUGUCUGCAUUACUUUUAUUUACGGCAGGAUCGUAAAAGUUAGCAUAAAUGUCGUUUUAUAUUUCUCUGUCUCUUUCUCAGGCCUCCUAGCGCUUGAAUGGACCGCGUUGUCUAUUUAUUUGAGUCGAUUCGAUGCUACAAAUGUUUCGAAGUAUCAAAUAAAGCAACAGGAUUGACCUAGCCGUCGUUCCAAAGCACUUGCAGCGCUAAACUUUUCUCUAUAUUGACUACGUCCAUAGCGCACUUUGAUGUAUUUGUACACGCACUUAUACUGUUUCAAUAUUUAAAAACGCUUGUACGUUGCACAAAAUUCACGCAGAGGUAAAGAUUUUUUUAGAUUUAAUAUUUCUACUUUGUUUGACUUUGGUUUGUUUAAUUAAAAUAUGAUAUUCUUAUACGAAAUAUUAUUUUUAAAAUAAAAACUGUUAUUUCGUUGAAGAAAACCAUAUUAUGUGAUGAAAAGUAUUAUUAUUUAAAAUAAUAUUUUUCAAAAGUUCUUUGAGACUUAAUAAUUCAAUUUAUUUGAUUUAGAUAUCUUAGAAUUUUAAUUGCAAUGUUUCUGAAAUUUUAAUAUUGCCGCAAUCUUGCAACAACGUUGCAGAAACAUUUCACAACUUCCAUACAAUGUUACAAUGUUUCAGUGUGACAUCUCUGCAAUGUUUUUGCGACAUUUUUGUGCUGUAUAAAAACUAAUGACGCGUGGUAUACAUAUCAUCGAAAUUUUCAUCAUUGUGCCAAUUAUCGAAUUUAUGUAGUUUAGAGAUCUUCGAGGAACUUUCGUUGCUGCCAUUGAUUGCUGUCGUCAAUAUAUUAAAUCGUAUACAAUGUGGCAUAUAACUUUCUAAUAUUUUUCGUACACAAUACGACUCGUUGCGACUACAAUUUUGGCGAUAAGAAAUAAUAUUUAAGUACGGUAUUAUUAGUGCACUCUUAUUUUUGUUCUUCCUGAAGUUAUCUUAUUACAAAUACUAAAUAGUAUUUUAAUAUUAUAUCUAAUUUUUAAGUAUGCGUGUGCUUACUGCACUUUUAUCUUCUCUAAUAGAUUCAAGGAAUUGAAGUUAUUGUAUUACUGUAUAAUUAUCGUUCAAUUCAAAAUUAUUGAAAAUUCCAAAGCAAUGCGUAAUUAAAAAAAAUGUUUAUUACUUAUUGUUUUGUGCAUCCGUCCUUAUAAUGAUGGAUACAAAGCACGAUAAAAUUAUAUAAGGUUUAGACUAGAAUUUCAAUCUAAAACAAUAUGAGUCAAUAAGAUGAUAAUUGAUUUGCAUUGAAUUUAGACUGAAAAUAAUAUAAUUUUAUUGUUUUAUAUUCAUCGUUUUAAGCAGGGAUAUUAUAUUGCUCCCGGGAUAUAAUUGUAUAAAUAGUAUAAAUUUUGACGUAUACAAGCGCUGGACGCACAAAUUCAUUAAUGGGUAAAUAUUUUAUACAACAAUUUAAUCUUGUAUACACAUUUUACAGUAUACCUGAAGACAUUAAUUAAAGGAAGUUUGAAACAA